CGUGCACCGGGUCUUCCGGGCUGUUUUCCGCGCGCGGCAGCCGCCUCAAGGUCUUAGCUCGCUGUUCGUGGCCACAGCCGCUUGCGCGCCGCCAAUUCAGCAUCACCACACACAGCGUGACGAGAGCGAGCGCCGUACGGGAAAUAAACAGAGUGCGGUGUGUAGUGGUGGCAAGAGCGCGCGUUCAACGAGAUGUCGUCGCCGAACAAGAAGGCCAAAGAGCUAGAGGACCCGGGCUCGGGCGAGGGGGACGCGCAGGAGUACAUACGGAACAUCGAGAUACAGAAAACCCUGGAGGAGAUCGACGGCUGUCAGAAUCAAAUCGAUGGGCUCAACGAGAAGGCCAGCGACGAGAUUCUCGAGGUCGAGAAGAAGUAUAACAAGCUGCGCAAGCCCUACUUCCAGAAGCGCAACGACAUCAUCAAGAGGAUACCUAACUUUUGGGUCACCGCUUUUGUAAACAACAAAGAAAUAGCAGAAAUAUUGGAGGAGGACGAAGAAGAUGCUCUGAGAUACCUGAACAAAUUGGAAGUUGAGGAGUUCGAAGACAUCAAAUCCGGCUAUAGGAUCAAUUUUCACUUUGACAAAAAUCCAUACUUUGAGAAUGAGGUUUUAACCAAGGAGUUUCACUUAGGGUCUUCUGGAGAUCCAGCAUCUCAAAGUACACCAAUCUGUUGGAAAGAAGGUGCAGACUUAACGAAGAAAGCAAAGACCAAAGCACCGUUGAAAGGACGCAAGAGGCCACUCAAGCACAGAUCAUUUUUUGAUUGGUUUACGGAUCACGGAGAUCCAAGCUCGGACGAGAUAGCUGAAUUAAUUAAGGAUGACAUGUGGCCUAAUCCACUUCAGUAUUAUCUCGCACCAGAUAUAGAUGUCGAAAACGGCAUAGAAGGCGAUGGCGAGGAAUGUGAAAGUGAAGAGGAAGAGGAAGAAGAGGAUGGCGCAGAUGAUGGUGACGAAGGCGGAGAGGGAGGAGAAGGAGAAGAAGGAGAUGACAGUAUAGUGGUAGUCGAGGAUGACGUCGAUGAGGAUGAUGAAGAGGAAGAGGAGGCUGUGAAUGAUGAGGAUGAUGGUGUAAAUGAAGAGGAUGAUCUUCUGGUAGAUGAUGAAGUGGAGCGCGAAGAUGGAGAAGAACCCGAAUAGAGUCGACGUCUGAUUCCUGAUAAUUUCAAUGACAUUUCACUGUGAAAGAAUGAAUGAAAUGUACACCGAAUCAAUCAAUCAAGAGCAGAGGAAGUCUACUGGACUGAAAAAAAUAUUAUGCCAUAUGAAUAAAUCUCAGGAUACACUUUUUGAAUAUAUGAAAAUAGAAGAGCAGAAUUUAGAGGAUCUAGACUCUUUCGAUUGAGAACCUACAUAUGUAUAAAAAUGCAACAUUUGUUAAGAUAUAUUGAAAGUGGUUUGAAAGGAAAGGGUCUGGAUUAAAUUAGAUAGGUUCCACUCUCGCACGAAAAUUGUAUCAGAACAUAACACAAACUCCUCAGUUAUAUUCAUAUGGCCUAGUCGUUCUCUUAAUAAAAUAUGCGACAGAAGAUGUCUGCCUGGUUCUUAAUAUUGCAGAUUUUACCGAUAAGUUAAGAUAUAUAAUACGAAACGAGGUACCAGGUGGGAUAAAUUCUAUAUUUACUUGCUUUCUCGUGGAAAUUUAUUCGUUAGAUAUGACUUCCAGAACGAGGUGUUGAGUAGAAUUUUGGAGAGUGACAAUUUUUACUUUACUUCCGCACACCAAGUACACAGAUUUUUACACGGUUAUACUGACUUUGAAAUAAAAUAAAAAAUAAUGGAUCAAGGAUUCUCUUUAAUUCUCUGUCAAGAUCCACUCGAUUUAUAUUAUACGCGAACAAUGUGUCACAUAUAAGUUACUUGCAAAGUAGAAAUAUGGCAAUGCACUCUUAGUAUAAAUCUCGGUAAUUAUUAACAUAUAUUGCCGAUCGCAGCAUGAGAUCUCCGCGUUUCAAUGAUUGGAAAGAUGUGAUUACUGCUAUUUUCACAUUUUAUGAUAUCAAUUGUAUAAUGUAAUUACUGAUACUAUAUAAAUAUAAGUAUAUGUUACGGAAACAAAGUACGAUAUGUUACUGCUCGCGGAAAAUGUGCGAUUGUCAAAAUCUAGCAAGAUGUCAAUCGCGAUGAUUGGUAAUUGAUUUAUAAAUCAGUCUGGGUAUGGCGGAUUAUUACAAUUAUACAUUAGAAACGGAUACUGAAGAUUACGAUAUAAAAAUAUUGCGUAAGUGUCGAGAGAAUAAUCUUAUAUUUGGUAAUGCAAUUAAUUACGUGUUUGUUUUUUUUAUUGGUAUGUGAUUCUAUAUAUUCAAUGUAACGUUUGAGAAAACUAACGACCUCUCAGUCAAGCAAUGUAGUAAUAUAUUGUAGCGCACAGUUUUAUGCUCAAAUACUCAUCGACACGAUUUUGCAUGAGAGAUCGCAACGCGUGCAAUCUCGUAUGCCCUAUUAUUGUAUUGUAUCCUUCACUAAUUCCUAGUGAGAUGACAAUACACAAUCGUCUGGCAAGUUCGUCCUCAUUAAAGUACUUUAUUAUUAAUGACGCUCAUUUGGACUUUGUCACGCUCAAAAAGCCACUCUCUAAUCUUGCCUCACCUCGUUCAUGUUCUUCCACACUUUGUAUCAUCGCCGCAAUCUACUCAUUGUCACGUGGAAUAAGUGUUUCGUGAACAUUUCUCACAUUUGAUACAUUACGUAGUUGUAAUGGUGAUUUGACUUUAUGAGAUUAUCGUGUACCGAAGGUGUGGCGCCAAUGCAUGGCAGAACGGAGGAACGGUGCUCCUACCAUCGCGAUAACAAGGGAACGUGUAUAAUCGAUACAAAUUCUUGAUUGCACACUUGCAUCAAUGAACCGAAUCUCAUUGUUACCUAGUAUUCCACGAAGCUAGGUAGGAAAAAGAUCAAGUAAUCCUCGAGUAGAGAGUAAUAAUCCUGGUCGAUUUGAUAAGUAAUUGUCUAACUUUACAACAAAGUACAACAGCGAUAUUUUUUAAAAUCGAACACACCUUGUCCUGUUCUCUCUUCCUCUAUCUCACUCUUGUCUUUUUUCUUUUUUUUUUAUUUUCUUUUAUUCGGAUACCAUUCUGUCAGUAUUUAUUAGAUUAGUACGUGUUACCGCUAACAUGUAUGAGAAAGGAAAUAUUGUCAAAAUUAUAGAAGUAAUGAGACCAAUAAGAUUCGUAUUUUACCAUUAGACUUCUGUGUUUAUGUAUAUAUUCACUGAUACCUACUGAUUACUCGAUUCGUUGCCUCUUUUCAAGGCAGGCUUAGUCACCUGUAGGAGGAGCGGUGAAUUAGAGAUUUUCCAUCGCGCGUCCUUCCACGCGCGAGGGUUUCCAUCUACCUUUAACGAGUCACCGAGUCGGUCUCGUGUGAAAACCGCUUUUUCGUCGCAAAAAACGGAUUUAUAAAGCGCGAGAGCGAUAAAUGCUAAGUGUAAACCUCCUUCGCGUCAGGCUACGUAUUCGUGCGGCGAGCAGAAACGAACAGAAAACCGAUUGAAUAAAGUUGCCAGUUUGAGAUA